CUAAAUGCCCCAAAACCAGAAAAUCAAAUAUCCAAAUACUAACGUCAAAAACCAAGCUUUUUGUUUCAUUCUUCUUUUAUUUUCCCUUAAAUUCUGUUAAAUGAUCCAGAAAUCUAACGGGUCGAGUCGCCGGAUUCUGACGUACCCGGCGAUACAUCCUUGCGACUCCAUUUCUCCGGCAACUCUUCUGAGCUCGAUAAUUGAUCUCGGCCGGGAUAUUUGCACUUACAAAUCCAAGUUUUUCUCCGUCAACAAGAGAAACGCGCGCGAAACUUUUCGACAAAUCACGAACCUUCUUCUCUUCCUCCAGGAGAUCCGAAAUACGACGUUGGAUCCACCUGCCAAUUUCGUUCUCAGCUUUUCGGAGCUCCAUCUCACUUUCCAGAAGCUUCGGUUCCUUCUGGAAGAUUGCACUCGAGAUGGGGCUCGAGCAUGGAUCCUGGUGAACUCCGACCGAGUUGCGAACCGGUUUCAGAUACUGAUCCGGGCCAUGGCGACGGGUCUGGAUGUUUUCCCGCUUUCAUACGUUGAUGUGUCGAGUGAAGCCAAAGAAUUAGUUGAGUUGAUCGUCAGGCAAGCUAGGAAAGCAACUUUUGAAUCCGACCCGGAAGAUAAGAAGGCGGUAAAGGAUCUUAUGCGGAUCCUGAACCAAUUCGAGGAAGGGACCCAACCCGAUCCGGUCGAAAUCAAACGGAUCUUUGAUCAACUCGGGAUUCAUAAAUGGAGCGACUGCAAUAAGGAAGUGAAAUUCUUAGAUACAGAAAUCGAAAUCGAAUUUUCCGAUCGAGAAUCCGGCGGAGAAUCGGAGCUUCUGAGUAGCUUAAUGGGAUUCAUGAGCUAUUGCAGAUGCGUAAUCUUUGAUUUCAUCGAUACCGAAACUCAGCAUCUCAACGGCUCAUGUAAUUGCAACGAAACUCUUAAAGGAAUCAACGGCGAUGAUCUCAAGUGUCCGAUCUCGUUAGAAUUGAUGUCCGAUCCGGUGACAUUAUCGACGGGGCAUACCUACGAUCGUCGUUCCAUUCUAAAAUGGUUAAAUUCAGGACACGCCACGUGUCCCAAGACCGGCAAGAAGCUUACCAGUACGAAAAUGGUUCCCAAUCUCGUAUUAAAAUCGAUGAUCCAACAAUUUUGUGCCGGGAACGGCGUCUCGGUCGUCUCGAGCCGAAAGAAUCGCGAUAUCACGAGGACAAUCAAGGCCGGAAGUUUGGCCGGAGAAGAAGCAGUGAAGAUGUUAGCUGGAAUUCUCGUUAACAAACUCGUUAACGGCAACAGUGGAGAGAUGAACAAGGCGGCUUUUGAGAUUAGGGUUCUUACGAAAACGAGCAUUUUUAACAGGUCUUGUUUGGUCGAAUCCGGUUCGAUCCCUCCAUUACUGAAGCUUUUAUUCUCUAAAGACGAUAACACCCAAGAAAACUCCAUGGCCGCCCUUCUGAAUCUCUCCAAGCACACGAAAAGCAAAGGUGUCAUAAUGGCGAACCAAGGGUUGGAUUCGAUCGUCCAUGUUUUAAGAAAAGGUCUCAAAAUCGAAGCUCAACAACACGCGGCUGCCACCUUGUUUUAUCUCGCCUCAAUCGAGGAAAACAGGGUUUUGAUCGGUGAAAAUCCUGAAGCAAUUCCAGGUUUGAUAGAGUUGAUUAAGAAGGGAAAUAAUCAUUGCAAAAGAAACGCUUUAGUUGCAAUUUUCGGUCUCCUAACACAUUCCGGGAACCACUGGAGAGUUCUAGCAGCCGGAGCUGUUCCUUUACUGCUAAAUCUUUUGAAAGACACCGAAAGAGGAGAUCUCGUAAUCGAUUCCCUAGCGGUUUUAUCAACUCUAUCGGAGAGAAUCGAUGGGGCGGUGGCGAUUCUAUGCCGUGGAGCGCUGCCGUUGUUGGUGGCGAUUUUAAGUACCUCUGCUUCAAGAACAGGGAAGGAGUACUGCGUUUCCUUGUUGCUGGCUCUGUGUGUGAACGGCGGCGGUGAUGUGGUUGCUCAUCUGGUGAAGAAUCCUUCUCUAAUGCGAUCCUUGUAUUCCCAACUCAGUGAAGGCACAACUCGAGGCAGCAAAAAGGCGAGUUCAAUCAUCAGGAUUCUUCAUGAUUUCCAUGAAAAUAACUCAUCAGCUCCGGUGAGUUCUCUGGUUCUAUCACGAGAAAGAUUCGUUCACGUCUCGUAAUUGGGUAACCCAAAUUUUAUCUGGUACCCAUUUAUUCGUUCUUAUUUGUUUGUUCAUCCCUGCAAUCUUUCCAUGUAAGUAUAUACCUGAAACAGUGUAAAUUGCUUGCUUUCUUUGUUAGCUCGGUUAUAUACAGAGCUAAUCCACUCGGCUUCUGCCUUUUUUCCACAUGAAGCUGAGUUAGAAAAUUAAAGUAUUGUUUUGCUUACAGUUUUUU